CCGCAACCAAGCUAUUCCCCGGGGAUCCGUCCGAUGUGAUGGUGAUCCGCGACGUCACCGACCAGAUCACCACCUUCAGCGUCCCCUUUGCCCGCUUCGGCCUCUUGCGCUUUGGGGGUAGAGGUACCCUAGGUCAGUCCAGCCCUCUGCUCGCGUAGUUGGAGGCUCCAUUGCUUCGGGACACGUCUAAUCUUGCGCAGUCAGAAUGGCCAGCGGCUCGCUAGUGAUCGUCUCUCCCGUCGCGCUCACCCCCAGGGUCCAUGACAUCAUCACCAAACAUGGGGGCAAGGUGGAUUACAUUGUGGCCCCGGACCUGGAGCAUCAUAUCUUCCUGUCUGCCUGGAAGAGCGCCUUCCCGGGCGCCUCGAUCAUUGCCCCCGAAGGCCUCUACGAGAAACGCCAGAAGUCCCCCGAGUACCAAAGCGACCCCUUCGAGUACGUCUACACCAAGGAGAACAAGCACUCGCUUCGCAUCGCAGGGGACUUCCACUCCGAGUUCGAGGUCGAAUACGUCGACGGGCACAGCAACCGGGAGAUCGUCCUCUGGCACAAGCCGACGCGAACCGUCAUCGAGGCCGAUCUGGUGUUCAACCUGCCCGCCACGGAGCAGUACUCCCAGUCCGGGGAGUCCCCGACAGCUGGCCUGCUGAACCGUCUCUUCAUGCCGCUGAUCACGGCCACCCCGUCGACCUGGCACGAACGCUUCGCGUGGCAUGUGCUGUCCUCUCAAGAUCGCGAUUCCUUCACCGAGUCACUCGGGCGGAUCAAGGAGUGGGAUUUCAGCCGUAUCAUUCCCUGUCAUGGGGAUGUCAUCGAGGAUGGCGCCAAGGAGGUGUUUACCCGCAUCUUUGCCAGGUUCUGGAACCGAUGAUGGGUGAUCGAAUACGGUGAUUCUCAGGGAGGUGAAUUUCCGCCGGUCCCCGACAGUGUAUAUAUAUAUAUCUACUACCACUUUUGUACUAUUAGUAAUUUAGAGUCGUCAUAGUAAUCAACUGUUCG